GACUCCAGCCGCUCUGAAUCGUUGUUGCGCAUGCGUGCGUCUUGUCAUAGACACGAUUUCUCAAUCGGAAAGAUUUUUUUCUUUUGUUUUGAAUUAAUGUAACUAUUGCUAAUAGUAUUCCUUCACGCCUGUAAUAUUGCACCCUGAUUCUUGUGCGGCCAAGGUACGUGGCGACCUGAAAUUUGAGGACAUGCUGCCAGGCUAAGGGACCGCUACUUCUCGCGUUUACGGCCAACUAGCAUUAGCUGCGAAAGAUAAAAACUAGGGAGCUUGAUAUCGGCUCCCAACUGGGCAAGAGUCACUCUAAACUCCAUUAGAGGGUGAAGUCAGCUGGGAAGGCUCCCGGUUGUUGUCUAACAUGUAGCCUUCGACACUCAAGCCAUCUCUUUAACUGAACAUUUUUAUGUUCUCCCACCUCUUUGCCAGUGAGUUUGGCACCAAGCACAUCAUUUUCGGAGAGAAUUGCGAUCCAUGACGGCGUCUCUGCGCCAUGGCUGCCGUGUUGUGGAAAGAGGUGCUGCUUCUGACCAGCCUGGUCGUAGUAUGCUACUGGAACAGCCUGUCAUGCGGCUUUGUUUUUGACGACGUCUCGGCCAUUCUCGACAACAAAGACCUGCGGCCCACCACACCCUUGAGAAACCUCUUCCUCAAUGACUUCUGGGGUACACCUAUGGCGGAGGUGCACUGUCAGCUUUUGAAUGGAAAAAUGGACGGCUACUGUGGUCUAACCAUCCAUCCAUUAUCUGUACCACUUCACCUCAAAAGGGAACGAAGCCAUAAGUCUUACCGUCCACUGACAGUGCUCACUUUCCGUCUCAACUACCUUCUGAGUGAGCUCAGCCCAGCCUCCUACCACCUUCUCAACGUAGCAUUGCACGCAGCUGCCUGCUUGCUUUUCUUACGCGUAUGCCGCCUCUUUCUGGACCACAACUCUGGCCUGGUGGCAGCAUUGCUCUUCGCCGUGCACCCCAUCCACACAGAAGCUGUAACUGGUGUGGUCGGCAGAGCUGAACUUCUGUCAUCAAUCUUCCUCCUGGCUGCUUUCCUGGCCUACACCAAAUCCACAAGUGCCAACCACUCCAUAGUGUGGUCUCCCAUUGCUUUGACCGUCGUGCUUGUAGCGGCAGCAACACUGUGCAAAGAGCAGGGAAUCACCGUUGUCGGCAUCUGCUGCGUAUAUGAGGUGUUUGUGGCGCAAGGGUUCACUUUACCUAUGCUGCUGGACACGCUGCAGCAGGCUUUGCGAGGCAAGGGCACCUUUCCAUACAAUGUCCUCCAAAUGCUACUGAAGCUCAUUGUGUUGGUCAUCAGCACGCUGCUGCUUGUCAUAGUGCGUGUCCAGGUCAUCCAGUCGCAGUUGCCAGUCUUCACCAGAUUUGAUAACCCGGCGGCUGUCAGCCCUACACCAACCCGCCAGCUGACCUUCAACUACUUGCUACCCGUCAACGCCUGGCUAUUGCUGAACCCGUCUGAUUUGUGCUGCGACUGGACUAUGGGGACCAUCCCCUUGGUGGAGUCUGCCCUGGACCAGCGUAACCUGGCAACGCUGGUCUUCUACGUCCUUUUAGGCAUGCUGGCUUACCGCAGCAUCACAUGCUCGCGCAGCUCAGCUAAGACAGUAGUCAUGGCCUUGUCUCUGAUCGUCCUCCCCUUUAUUCCUGCAUCCAACCUCUUCUUCCCUGUGGGGUUCGUCGUAGCUGAGAGGGUCCUGUACGUCCCAAGCAUGGGCUUCUGUGUACUGGUUGCACACGGAUUCAAGGUGCUCUCGCACAAAGGGUACCUGAAAAAGAUAUCCUGGCUAAUGAUCGGCGUGUUGCUGACCACUCACGCUGUCAAGACUUUCAACAGGAAUUGGGAUUGGGAGUCAGAAUAUACCUUGUUCAUGUCUGCUCUAAAGGUGAACAAGAACAAUGCCAAGCUGUGGAACAAUGUCGGCCACGCGUUGGAGAACCAGAAUAAUUAUGCCAAAGCGCUGCGCUAUUUUCUGCAGGCAACCUCAGUUCAGCCAGAUGACAUCGGCGCCCACAUGAAUGUGGGGAGAACCUACAAGAACCUGAACAAGUCCAAAGAAGCUGAAGACGCCUAUCUAGUCGCCAAAUCUCUUAUGCCCCAGAUUAUUCCCGGGAAAAAGUAUGCCACGCGCGUGGCUCCCAACCAUCUCAACGUUUACAUCAAUUUGGCCAAUCUUAUCCGUGCCAACGAGUCCCGGCUGGAGGAAGCUGACCAACUGUAUCGACAGGCCAUCAGCAUGAGGCCCGACUUUAAGCAGGCGUACAUCAGCAGAGGGGAGCUGCUUUUGAAGAUGAACAAACUAACUGAGGCACGCGAUGCGUACCUUCGUGCGCUGGAGCUCGACCGCUCUAAUGCCGACCUCUGGUACAAUCUGGCCAUCGUGCACAUAGAGAUGAAGGAGCCGUCAGAGGCGCUACGCAACUUUGAACAGGCACUGCAACUGAGCCCGCGUCACAAGCUGGCACUCUUCAAUUCUGCCCUCCUUAUGCAGGAGUCAGGCGAGGCCAAAUUCUGGCCUGAGGCAAACCGUCGCUUCCUGGCCUACAUAGAGGAAGAGCCGAACGAUGCAAAUGGUUAUUUCAACCUUGGCAUGCUGGCCAUGGACGCGGAGGAGAACGCGGCGGCUGAGCGUUGGAUGCACAAGGCAAUCGCGCUACAGUCAGGUUUCCGAUCAGCGCUCUUCAACCUGGCUUUGCUUUAUUCACAAUCGCGUCGCGAAUUGGAAGCUUUGCCUGUACUGGACGAACUGCUUCGCCACCACCCGGAGCACGUCAAGGGCCUCAUCCUUAAGGGUGACAUCCUUAUGAACCACAAGAAGGACACUGCUGGCGCCAAGGCCUGCUUUCAACGUAUCCUGCAGAUGGACCCGGGCAAUGUGCAGGGCAAGCACAACCUUUGCGUGGUUUACUUUGAGGAGAGGGACCUGCCGCGAGCAGAGCGAUGCCUAGAGGAGACGCUGGAGCUGGCCCCGCAUGAGGAGUAUGUGCGGCGGCAUCUCAGUAUCGUCAGGGGUAAGAUAGCAGCCAUGAACGCAGCUGGGCAGCCCCUAGUGGUGGAGAAGCCGAAAAUGGAGGAGGACGGAAGGCAGAAUCCACACGUCGAGAAAGAUGUGAGGAAAUCGUCAACAGAAAUGGACCAGUCGCAGUUGGAUGGUGGCCAGCCGGAAAGACGAACUGCGGCCAAGUCCCCCGAGGAGAAGGGCGACAUAGAGCAGAAGCGUGCCGCUGCCUUGAAGAGGCUCGAAGAGAUCGAGCGAAUUUUAAGUGGUGAUUGACCACAAUCUGAAUUUAACAUUUUCUGCAUUUUCUAGAGUCAUGACUAUUUUUACAAAGAUUUUUUUUUUUUUUUAAAUAAAAUGUUUCCCUCCUUAAUAUUUACUUUUUACUUUGAGAUACAGUAAAUCCCCAUUUGUAGCGGGGAGUUGGGAUGCAGCUCUUAUUCGUUUUGACUGUGAAAUUGAUCUUCACACAGUCAAUAAUAAAUCAGAAAAAUGCAGCUGAA